AUGUGCAAAUUUUUUACCUCAAAUUUUUUGAGUUUUGUCAACUUAUUCGGGAUUACAGUGUAUAAAACCAGCUGUGGAAAAGACCUAGAGAAGCUUCUGAAAUAUUAUGAAUCAGAAGGGAUAUUGGAGAUUGUUUCUUGGCCUAUCAAUAAGUUUCUGAAUCCAUCCUCAGGCUGGAAUUUUCAGGAACAUAAGGGUGAUCUCCAUUAUUAUGGUCAGUUAGUAACACUCAACGAGUGCAUCUACAGGCACAUGUAUCAAUCCAAAUAUGUUCUACUGAAUGACAUUGAUGAGAUCAUCAUGCCGUACAAACACAAUAAUUUACAGGCCCUUAUGGAGUACCUCCAGUCUACUCACCCUGGUGCAAGUGUAUUCCAUGUUAAAAGCCAUUUAUUCCCCACAACACAGUUUGAGGAGAGCAGGAAGUUCAAGCGAAAAGAAUGGAAUAAUAUUCCUGGAGUAAACAUCAUGGAGCAUAUCUACAGAGCACCAGAACCAAAGAACGUUUACAAUCCCGCAAAGAUGAUCAUAAAUCCAAGAAAGGUGGAGCAGACCUCAGUACAUUCCUCUUUGAAAUAUUCCGGAUAUUAUUGCUUUGUAGCUUUUGAUGUGUCUAGGAUGAUACAUGUGAGAGAACCCUUUCAGAAUGGUGCAAAUCUUACAAAAGAGCAAUUGUUGGUAGAUAAAAGAGUGUGGGACUUUAAGCAUGAACUGAUACCCAAUGUUGACCGGACUUUGAAACUUUCAGGUUUUUUAACUUGAUUUUACAAGAAGUAUGCAAAAUGGAUCAAUUGUAAAUCAGAGUUUUAUAACUACAGUAUGAAGAGAACCUGAUAAUAACUAUGAAGUUAAACUGAUUAGUCCCGUAUUGCUGAUAUGCUGUCUGUCACUUUAAAUUUUCUGUCGUUGUUUGUACCUAGUAUAGUUAUGUUAACUCUACCUUUUUCCUUUUGGAGUUGUUCACAAUCAAUUGUUCACAAUCUACAGAGUUACUUACAGUAUGUACUACAGAGUUGUGCAUACGUACUAUACAUGUACAUACAUACAACCAUUGUUUAUUUUCUUGUUUUCAA